AUGCCUUCCACGGAGGAAUUGCUCAAGCGACAGAUAGGCGGGCAGUCCAUCCCAACGAUCCCGGUAUGCAUUCCUCCUGAGGUGACAUCUCCUUUGACCGGCAGCUACCCAAAGUCGGCGGUAACCACGGUGCAGACUGGCACGAACUGCGGUCCAUACGGUGACCCGCCUGCUCAAGUGCUCGACAAUCUGGAGUCGCCGAAUGGCCUGCAGGACUACUUGCAAAUCUGCCACGGCGAAAUCAUCACCAUGACGGACAAAGGUGGCGACAAGCGAGCGGUGUGCUUCUACGCGAACCCAAAGUCGACCGAGGCCAAACCACUGCCACUGCUUGUGUAUCUGCACCCUUCGCUGGCAGGCACGACGGUCACGUUCCCACUGACCGGGAUCGACGGGGUACGCGACACGCAGUCGCUCAACAAUGAGGAUGCGGAUCGUCUCGGAUUCUCGUACAUCCUACCAGCGGGCAGGAACACGGUGCACCAGUAUCCCUUCCCAGACGACAAGGGGCUGGGAUGGGACAACUGGUACCGCAACGUUGACCGCUCAUCACCCGAUCUCAACAUCGACGUUGACUUUAUCGACAAGACCAUCGCCUACGCCAAAAGUCACGUUGCAGUCGAUAAGCGUCGAGUGUUCCUCACAGGAUGGUCAAACGGUGCCUCCAUGGCCGAAUUGUACGCCGCACAGACGGAUGGGAUCGCAUCAGCCGCCGUGUACUCUGCUCCAGACCCGUAUCGCGACUCGCAAGACCCUUGCACGCAGGUGCCGUACCCCAAGUAUGCUACGCCUAUUCGCGAUGUGCACAACUACUGCGACAUUCUUGGCAUCUGCACGACGGGCAAGUACUACAACGAUGAUCUCAAGAAACGAUAUCCUUCGCUGCAAAAGAGUCUGGUGGUGAUCGAUGUGCUUACCACGGCGGUCAAGAGCCAAGACGCCAACGCGCAGUGCGAUCCGGCUUGCCAAGGUGCGUGCGGGAUUACGACGGGUACGUUGGCGCACACCCGUUGGCCGGUAGCGCGCAACACCGAUACCUUCUUUUCGUUCAUGCGAGACCACCCUCUGCCCAAGUCCGGUACUUGGGGAGCCCCUUGA